GAAGUCCAGUUUCCCGACAGCGGUGCCACCAGCAGCCCGUUCGGGCUGCGGUCAGGAGGAGGCGCUGUGCUGGCUGAGAGUACUGCCCCGUCGGACUGGGAUGUGGUCUUCGUGACCGUGACCGAAUUCCGGUCGGGUUCACACCUGCGUCCUUUGAGCAGAAGGCAGCAGCUCUAACUGCUACGCCACCUGCUGCCCCCAACUGGUAACAUACAACAUUUGUCAUACUUCAAGUGACCUAUGACUGAGUGCCAGGGCGCCCAGGAUGUGCCUUAUUUCCCAACCGGUACUUCCGGGAUAGGCUCCGCACCCCCACGACCACUGGACACGGGUCACUCAUCAUGAAUGAGUGCUGAAUUUCCAACUGUGCUGUGACACAUUAAUAGAAAAAGCUUAAGAAACUUCCACUAAUACAGAAAUGUAUUGUCUUCGUAGCGAAAAGCAGCUGAAGUCGGACCCCUAGCGUGGUGCGCGCGCACUGAGGAGGCGCCGCAUGCAUGUGAACGCGGAAUUAUAACGAUGAUUAAAGCCGAAUAAUGAUCGGUGUCCCCCCCCCCCCCGACCGCAUUGUGUUAAGCUGACGCCACUGCGUUCGGCGCGCGAGGCGGGCUCGUGGGAGGGGGGCAGUUUCGCAGGCAGAUACCGGAGACCCGUCCCGCUGCUCUCACAUUCUCACCUCGGCAAGGGCGUUCCGACCGUCGGGGGGGGGGAGCACUCUCGAUUCAGACUCGCGCUCGCUUGCCCGCCCUCCCGCAGAUCGGAGUCCACGUUCCUCGCGCUGCCUGCGGGACUCGGGAUGUGACUGUGGCGCCGCCGCGCGGGGGAAGGAAGCAGCAGGAAGAGCCGGGAGUCGAGUUCGCUCGCGCCGCGGAGGGACACGCGAGAGGGAAAAGGUCAUUGUGCCGCGCGGAUGUGCCUGGGCUCGCGCACCUCCUCUCCCGCCGCGGCACACUGGCGUGCGGUGGGACUGUGAGGCGCGUGACGCCACAGCUCGGCGAAACGGAAGGUUUUUCGGCCUGUUGAAGAAAGCAUCCCCAGGAGGAACUACAGGUGGACAAUUCAUGCCACUAGGUUCUUUCCAGCAGAAAGGAUGCAGUAGCUCUACAGACCAUGCCUCCUACGGUCAGCAUGUUGGUGCAUAUACAGACUCUCACAAACUCAUAAAAAAAUGAACACACACACCCUUGCAUUAAGUCAACUGCCUAUCCAGAUGUUUUGCUGCCCAUCCAGAGCAAGGGUACUACAGCAGGAAUGGAAUUUGAACCAAGGUUCUUUGAGUGGAAGGUGAUGGCUGUAGCUGCUGUGUGAUCUACCUGUAGCUGUUCAGGUGAUCAUUCCCCAUGUUUACCAGAAACUGUAAGAAAAUCCAGUGCUACGCACUUUGGCAACAGAACGAGUCGAUUUGGCGAGGCAGUAAGUGACCAAAAAAGGAACAGACAUACAGUAGAUCUAGCUGUCCUUCCUCUGAAAUAAAGAACUGUAAAAACACAACAGGACAUGCAAGCAUAGCUCUUGCAUACAAAUGUGGAACUCUCAGAGGGUUGUUAGAUUUUAUUAAAUAAAUAAGAACCAUGACGGAUUACAAAGAUACAACAAAUCGGCAUUUGCGGCACAAGCUCCAAAGCCUCAGCCGGCGUUUGGAUGAGCUGGAAGAGGCAGCCAGCAAGCUCCAGAAAUCUGAGGAUGAGCUGUUGGACGUGCAGGACAAGAUCAUCCAGGCGGAGGGCAGCAACUCGCCCCUACUGAAUGAUGUAGAUGUGCUCCGUAAGAGAGUGCUGAAAAUUGAGGGGAAGGAUGAAGAGGUACGUAAAGCUGAGGACCUGUGCCGACUGGUGCGUGAGAAACUGGAGCAGGAGGAGACUCUCACCAAAGACCUCAAGAAAGAAAUAGAGAGACUGCAGAAGCGCAUGACAGAACUAGAAAAGCUGGAGGAAGCUUUCAGCAAGUGCAAAUCAGACUGCACUCAGCUGUGUCUCAGCCUCAAUGAGGAAAAGAACCUUACCAAGAAACUCUCUUCUGAGUUGGAGGGACUUAAGGUUCGAAUGAAGGAGGUUGACUCAUCAGAGUGUCGGCUUGACAAGACAGAGCAGGCACUUGCUACAGAGCUGGAGAAGCUCAAGUUGCUUACUCAGAACUUUGUCAGUGAAAGAAAAAGGUUGCUAGAGAAGCAGAGGGAGGAUGAGAAGCUCAUCUUCGAGCUGACUGAGAAACUCGAGAGAAACAACCACAUCAACUCUGCUGACCAGAGCAGAAAUGCUUCCAAUCUGCAAGAACGACCCACUGAAACUGGUGAUCCCCGCAUUGAGGAUGACCUAUCACCAGGCCUGACCAGCAAACUUGGCCCCAGAAAAAAGAGCUUUGACUUAUUAAAAAUCUCAGAUGAUGUUGGCUUGAGAAAUAAAUCUGAGAAUGAAAAGAACAGAUCUGAUGGCCAGGAGGAUAACAAACUUAAAGAUUUGUCGCAGGAGAUUGAAAGGCUAAAAAAUCGCCUGAAGCAGCUAGAACUAGUGGAGGAGGACCUUAAGAAAACAGAGUCAAAACAUGAGGAUCUUCUGCAGAAGUUCCAACGGGAGAGGAACCGUAGUAGGGCUCUGAAUGAUCAGGUGGAACAGUUAAAAAUUCAGCUCUGCAUGGACACUGGCAAUAGUGCCACCACUGAGGGCAGGGUACUUGAGAAUGGGAAAGCGGAAAAUGAGGAGAUCAAUGUGCGGGGAGGUUUCAGGCAGGAGAAGCCCAGGCACAGGGGGAUUGCUGCAGAGUCAUCAACUUCCAGAUGCAAAACCAGAGAAGUUUCCCCACAGCAGGGGAGAGAGACUAAGGUGAAGAAUAAGGAUUUGGAGGAGAGCUCACCAAAGUCCACAAGAAGGCCCCUUAGUCCAGCACACAGUAAGAGCAGGAGAGGGUUGAAAAUGAAUCCUUCCACUGCAGCUGAUGUGGGAUUGAAGGAAAAAGGCAAGAUGGGAGAAGAGAGAACACCUGGCAGCGUUACUUCUGGUGGUACUUCCAUAGGAGAAAAUAAGAAACCGUCAGUCCUCAGUCGGUACCCCCCAGCUGCAAAUGAUCAGAAGUCCUGGAAGUCUUCAGUGAAAUCCAGUGAGACUGACAAGAAGAGCCGAGUUGAGAAACCCACAAAGAAUACCAGCAGUGAUCCCGAACCAAGCAAUUUGGAUGCUUUGGUGGACAACUCAAACAAGGCCACCAAUGCAUCACUGCUUGAAAAAGAUAAUGAGCUCUUGGAUCAAUCACAAGGUCCUCUGGUCAUGUCAAGUCUCUCUAAGGCUAAUGGGUCAUAUACAGCCUACCGGUCUCGUGUGUCACCCUUGUUGCCUUGUGACCAGGGCUCAGAGGGUCACUCUUCUGCUUCAGAAACUGAAUCAACAGGGUCAAGGCGUUCUGUGGGAGAACUGGAAUCAAUGCCAGAUGUGACUGCAAGUGGCAGGACGACUGUCCCAAAGUACUCUAGAUAUAUGCGUCUUCAGGACUCGCACUCUGGGGGCUCCUCAACAAGGAGCUCCUUUGAAGAAGAGCAAAUAAAACCCCUGGUUGCUGAAAACAGCUCCCAAGAGCCCACCCACACACCAUCUGGCAUAGAGAUUCGGAGGGUUUGUAGCCCACGAGAAGCACUAAGAUCAAAGGCAGUGAUUAAGCCAGCUAUUGUGGAAAUUGACAGAAAGGAGGUUAUGAUUUCGGGAGGUGGAGUGGAGCCCUUGCCACCCAAUGGGAAGCCAAAGAUCUCUACUAAGCCCAUCGUGACCAGCAAGGUAACCAGCAGCAUCACCAUCUAUCCCAGUGACCCCAGCUCCUCCAGGACUAGCAGCCGUAGCAGCAGUGUGUCAAGUGAGCCACUGAAGGAGAGGCACACUUCAACUAGUAACAUUGUCAUCACCUCCAGCGAGCAUCACGGCAGCGUCUCUAUCCCUUACGAGAUCUCCAUUCCCAAGAGUGAAAUCACCCUCCGGCCUGCCUUGGAUGCAAAUGAUGCAGAGGAGCCAGCCUGUGUGGAGAGACAACUUUCACAGAGCAGCUUUGCCAUAAAGUCACCUGAGAUGACAACAGUGGCAGAUGUCAGCAAUGACACAGAGUCCAGCUUUGAGAACAGCAGCCAUUCUACAGUCAUAGGCUGGAGGAGCCACCAUGGGUCUCGGGAUGACUGCCUGCCAGAGACAAGGAGUGUGACUGUGAGGAGCACAUGGAGGAACAAGGUAGCAGCGUCAGUGGAUGAGAGUGGCCGGAGCACCAGGCUGGAUGGCUCGGAAGAUGAGGCAGAGUCUGCCACUACAUGGAGGGCAUAUCGGGCCACCACCAUACUUGAUGCAGAAGAGCUGCCAGCAGCCACUGCUGCAGUAGUCACACGGUCAAGCAGGCCAAGUCCUGCUGAGGAGUAUAUGCGCAGGAUCAGUAGUGUGACCUCCAGGGAGCCCCCUGAGCCAGUUCGCCGUAGCCGGAGCUCACUGUCUCCCACUGAAGACCUCAAAAAGGUUGUUGCACAUGAACCUGUUAGUGCACAAGAACUCCAGCCAUGGAACAGGGCACAAUCCCCGGCAGUGGACGACAUGGGGGCCUCCCCCUUGCACUCGUGGAGGAAGCAGGCUCCGGCAGAGCCGAGUUCCUCCAACUGGGUGUCCAGGACGGAGACGACAGGCAGGAAGACCGCCUCCAAACCGGAACUGUGGCGUGGGCAACCGGGGCGAAUGGAGGGCCGGGGCAGUGGGGGACGACCCUGGAGCCACCGUCAUUCGGACAACUGAUUCAGCCUCGCACCCAACGGUAUCCAACACAGGCACAUUAUUCAGAGCCAUCCACCCUCCUGCUCAGGGAGUGUCCCUCAUCCCGAAUGUCCCUCAACGGCUGCGUCUCAAAGCUUGUCUCUCCACAUCCGUUUUCUGUAGAAGAACCUGACGUCUCGUUCUCCUGUCAUGUCCCCUCCCUUGCACUGACUUCACCCUGCGUUGUACCUCCUUCUGCUUCCUGUCUGCAUUGUUUUGUAUCCUGUGACCUGACAAGGGAGAGGACUACGCCUUUAAGGGAAAAGGGGAGUGGCCACAUGUGGUUGUGGUGGUAAUCUGGGCAUGGUCAGCAGGCUUUGGACCCUGCACACUGUGCUCGGCCUCAUGUGAACAUCAAGGGGACAAGUAUGUCAGCCUGCCAAUGAGGCCAGUAUUACCGGAUACAGGGAGCGAAUUUCUGAAUCUUUUUUAAUUUAUUUUUGUUUUAUACUCUUCUCUGGGGUUAGUGGUCAGGGGUUUUUUUUUUUAAUUUCAUGUAUUUUAAUCUGACAAAUAUACUUAAUUCCUCUAAAACUUGAGAUGAUGCUGUCUUAUAUCAUCCUGUCAUGGUUUUCCUUUGUUACAGCUGUGUUAGUGUUACAGGAGAGUGGCCCUCAUUCAUUUCAACGUCUUGUGUUUGAGAGAAAUAAGUGGAACUUCUCACAACUGACCGCGCAGCGGGAACGACACGUUUCUCGUUUGGUGUCGUAAAAGUGUGAUUGGCCACUCACACGACCUCAGAACAGGCCAUCCCGUAGCAGUUGCACCCACAUUGGCAUUUGCCCAAGCACCACAUCGAUAGGUAUCACACAUACUGGCCUCUGUUUACUUAUACAGUAUAUUUAUGUAUGGAGAGAGAAAUAAUAUGCUUUUUGAAACUACUUUAAAGUUUACUUGACACACUUUACAGCAGGCAUGUGGCUUUUUUAAUAAGGUUCCUUUGAAAUGUAAUAAAUAUGUAUGACACUGUAUUCACAUUAAAUCUGAAUCCCUUCAGUACUCGCGUUCAGUGUGGAUUGCACUUCAUUGCUGUGGAGAAUCAUCUGGGGUCAGAGGUCAAGUAUUGGCUGAGGAUUGGUGCACUGGUGACUCAUGAGCAUACUGACACUGGCUGAUGUGUGUAAAGAGUGUAAAACUCCCAUGAUUUCAGAUGUCUCCACUCUGCAUUCCUGAUUUGGCACUGAUUGGCUGUACUUUGUGUAAUUAGUGCUACGGAAUAUGGCCAAAAUGGAUUACCAUUUCUGUUUUUAGUGUUUUUUUUUUUUCUUUUUCUCCCCUGUCAGUAAUUCGCUCCCUGCUCAUUUCCUGCUGGUCAGGCUUGACUUCCUCCCCUCGUUAUUUGAAAUGUCAUUGGUGACAAAAAUGUUUGACAAGGACAAAACGCAUCACUGUAACGGAGAGGAACCUCUUCAUGGCUGUCAAUGCUUUGCUGGAAUUACUUGGUCACUUCCCUCCAGGUGACUUCCUGUUCCAACUGUUGACAUUCUUUUUGAAUGGAUGCAGCACAGCACGAGCUUCUUUGGCUGUGGACCAUUGUCGGAAGACGGUGUGAAAUUGGUCUUCUGGCUGCUGUGGGUUCCAGCCUCAUGGAAACACGGGAUACCAUAUUAGAUACCUGAGUGGGCUCACUGGGAAAAUCUGACUCUGUCCCUGUCUGCUUUUUAUAUUGAAUAUUUGCCUUUGGCUGAAAGUAGAGGUGGGGGGGGGGUGCAGUGGCGCAGCGGGUUUGGCCAGGGCCUGCUCUGUAGUG